GGCAGGGCAGUUGACGGCGGCGCAGACGGCUGGUGGAGGUGGAGGCGGUGUUGGUGGACCCAUGGGUCACUGCGCCACACCUGCACCUGGAGCGACGCCGUUUGGACAGCAGCAGCUACAGCCGCAGCUACAGCAGCACCCGUUGACGUCAGCAUUCCAACAGCAGCUGCAGCAACCGGGUUCGGCGGUAGCCGGAGGUACGGCUGCGGCAGCGGCGUCAGGGCUAGGCGGUAUGGGUAGUGCUGUCCUCCUCAGCACGCCGUUUCACACCGCCACCGCCGGCGGUGGCGCCGCCGCCGCCGCCGCUGCGGGCGGCAGUACGACUGGCAGGAAGGGUCGCGCCAUUUCCAUCUCGGCGGCAUUGAGGGACGCGGCGGCGGUUCGUAGCCGCUCGGAUCUCUCACACGACCUAGCUCGCCUGCGCCAACAGCAGCAACAGCAACCACAGCAGCAACCGCAAGUGGAGGAGCUACCGAAGGAGGCGCAGCCGCAGGCGGAAGUUUCGACGGCAAAGCCGGCGGUGACGGCGGCGGACGCGGCAGCGGAACCGCCGAGUGCGGCACGGGUGCAGUCGGGUUUGAAGCGCAGGGCCAGCAUGCCGCUGCCGCCCUCCCGACACCCCCUCACCAGGAGCGCCGCCGCCACCGCCGCCGCCACGCCGGCGGCAGCAGCGACAGUGGCAGCAGAUGCCAACAAUGGCGGCGUUGCUGCGACUGCGGCGGCGCCUCCCGACUUUGCCUCACCCACGCCUGCACCCGCUACGGCGCCUGCAGCCGGCGGCAGUGCCCGGCCGCCCUCCGCCGCGACUCCCCACACGGGAGGAGGAUCCCGAGGAGGCGGCAGCGCGGCUCGCCGGCGCGGAUCGGCGGCGCAAGGCCAGGCAGCGGGUGGCCGGACCCCGCUGCACCAGGCCGGACCAGUGGCGGCGGCGGCUGCGACUGGAAAGGUGGAGGACCAGGGGGCGGCGGCGGCUGUGUCGCCUCCAGCGCCAGGUACGGCGAAUGGCGGCAGUGCGGCAGCAGGUACGACAGCAGCUGCUGCUGCGAGUGACGCGGAAUACCUAGCGCAAGUGUUUGGCGGCCAGCAACAGCAGCAGACGCUGCAGCAGCGGACCCAUGGGUCAGCAGCCGCUACACCUCAGCUGCUGGUCCGCUCCAGAGCCCUCGCGAGCCCCUUCGCCAGCGCCACCCCCGCCGACCGGCUCCUUCGCGCCACCAACGCCGCCACCACCGCCGCCACAACCCACGCUGCCCUCAACGCAUCCGCCUUCUCAACCAUCCCCGCCGCCACCGCUCCCACCUCGGCCUCUGCUCCCAACCCGCUCCUCGCCAACCUGCCCUCCCGCAAACCAACCGCUGCCUCCACCACCACCACCGCCUCUUCCAGUACCGCCCCUGCCACCGUCCUCAAACGCCCCUCCUCCAACUCCACAGCCACCGCCGCCGUCCUCAUGAGCCCCCUCGCCACAUCCACCACCACCGCCGCCGCCGCACCCACCUCCUCCACAACACCCGCACCAGCCCCGCCCGCAGCACCCCCUCCCUCAGCAGUCCAUGCGGGUGAGCUGCCACCCCAUGUGGCUGCGGCCUCUCGAGACCUGCAGCGGCUCAACGGCCGCCCCCCCGCGCUGUCCAAGCUGCAUGCGAUCGUGAUGUCAUACCUGAGGCAGCAACACCGCCAGGCGGUCAUGCAGGCUGCCGUACCAACCGCCGUGGUGCCGCCUAUUCCGUUGUCCAGGCCUUACGUCAUGCCACAGUCGCUUUCGGCCGCUGAGGACCUUCAGAGACGAUGGCAGCCUCAGCCUGUGCGCCGCAUUCCUGCAGGGUUGGCGGCGGUUGGUGGUUGGCAACCAGGGCGGCGAGCUGCUGAUCCACGACCCGCAGGAGGGCGAGGUGGUGCAGGUGCUGUCGGCGCAUGAUGCGGCGGUGACGCAGCUGAGGAGCCAUGACGACCCCUGGCAGCCGCUGCUGCUGUCCUCCUCGCGCACCGAC